AGUUAAAUUUUCGUCGACCGGCAUAUUCCCAGUGUACCAAGAAAAUAUUGAAUAUUGCUUUAAUUAAAUGAAGAAUUUGAAAUUUUUUUAAAGUGGAAGUAAUAACAAUAAUAGCCCAUAGCUUUCAAUAUAUUUGUCUUCUUAAUUUAACGAAAACUGAUCACAUUGGUGAAUAUAUACUCUUCGACCUUAACCUAAAAUUAAAUAUUGGUUACUUUCAAAUAUAACAAAGAUUCAAAUAAUAUCGUAAUUCACUUUUGAUUAGCUAUGACUUCAUUCAUGCGUUGCAGAUUUAUUGGGGCUUUAUUUCGACAACGAGGUCAUAAUGGAUUCAACCAUUGGAACAGCCAGAAUAGAAAUUUAUCAGUUCCACCUUUGCACACACCUCAUAAAAUAACAGAUGUUGAUGGGCUGAAUUUAAGCAAUAAAGAAUCACAAAAAAUCUUUGAAAUUAGAACUUACACUGUGCGCCCUAAAGAUUACAAAGAAUAUAUAAAAUUUACUGAAGAUAAUUUUCACCUUCGCAUUAAGCACUCAAAGCUGUUUGGUUUCUGGAUUACAGAAUUAGGAGGUCUGAAUGAAAUUAUCCACAUUUGGGAAUAUGAUAAUCAUGAACAUAGAGCUAAAGUUCGAGAUGCACUUGCAAAGGACAUGGAAUGGCAAACAAAUUACAAAAAUAAAGUGUCAGCUAUGUGGAUAAGUCAAACAAAUGCAACAAUGACAUUGUUACCAUGGAGUUUAAUUACUUUACCAAGCAAAUCUGGUGUUUAUGAAUUGCAAAUAUUCAAUAUGAAUAGUCACACCGAUAUUUGGGAUGGAAGAUUAAAAGCUGCUAUGGAAUUAAGCUCAUUAAAAUUGAAGAGCACUAAUUCAGUUCUUGUUGCUUGCUUUACAUCAAUUUUUGGUCCUCAUAAUACAGUGUAUGCACUAUGGCAGCAUGAAAGCUUUGAUAAAUUUGCAUUUUCAAGACUCCAGUUACUUAGUGAGCCUAAUAAAUCUGUUUUACAUGCUUUUUAUCAUGAAGUUCUCACUGGUUACAGCAAAGGUUUACUGCCACAUAAAGCUUCUCCUUUGCAGUGAGGUUAUGAAAUAUAUAUUUAAAAGUGAAAUAUAUUAAAGUUUCAAUAUUGAUUUAAUUAUCUAUUAAUUUUUACAGUAUUAUUUAAUGUAUUUCCUUAAUGAAUCUUGAAUUGAAUUCAUCCUUAUUUCCCCACUAAAUUUCUUUAAAUUCCCAAUUUUGAAAAAAAAAAAAAUACUUGCAAAAAUGUUUAUUUUUAUCGACGAUAGUUAUUAUGAUUACUGUUCCUGUCAUUUUUAGAAUCAAUCAAUUAUUGAUUGUCUUGCAACAAAUAUUUCUCAUAUAUACAAAUGAAUGAGAAACUUUUA